AUGCUUUGGGCCAAGCGUGUCUAUGGCGACUUUGUCAAGAAGGCACCACAUGAUGCACCCAUCAAGCAGAAGGACUUCAGGAAAAUGCACAACAUUGCAUGGAAGUUGGUGAACAACACCAUUACAGAGAUCUGCCCCACUUGGUGCGCUGCUGUGCAGAACAAGAAGCUUUCAACGGCAAGCGACGGUGAACACGCAGAGGAACCAGAUGAGGAUGAUGAUGAGGACGACUCCAAGAACACCUCGUCAGCUGAAACCAUCCUCCGGGACUUCAACUACCGACUUCGCUGCAUGUUCAUGGAUCGGAGCAGAAACCUUCGAGUGAAGCAGGCCAUGGUUGCCUUCGAGCCGAGCUCAGUGUAUGGAAGCCGCUCUGGAUUCCAGGAAGUUGUCUUGAUCACGGCUGCUGACCCCAAGAAUGUCUUCCACAAGACAUCGCUGUGGAAGCAGGGGGUGGUUUGCGUGGCUACUGGUGAUGGAGCCCUUGUGGUGCGGCAAACCCUGGUGGAUUUCUGGACCAUCAAGCACAGCAGCUUCUCUCAGAAGAUGAAUGACCUGCUGCAAGCUCAUGACAAUGAGUUCAACCCGAACAAAUUGAAGAGGGGAGCAGAGGAAACCACAGAGGCUGCCCAAGAAGAAGACAGGACAACUUUGAACGCUGGACACUGCGCCCUCCAUCAUUGUGAAGCUGAUGGCUCUUUGUGGGUUGGCUGCUCCAGUGCGCAUACCCUUGAAGAGAACACUGAACUCUGGGGGUUUGGAAGUGGUGACUUUGCUAAGGGAUCCGAGGCUGCUGACUUGAUUUCUGACACUUCAGCUGAUGGCCGGUGGUUGCUCUUUGCAUUGAAAUCUGGCGAUGAGUCUGUGAUCCUAGAAAAGCAGCGCAAAGUCCCAGAUCACCUUGAAAGCGCAAGCUUCUUCAACAAGGUCAUUACGCUGAAUGAGCUGCUCAAGAGUUUGGAAGACAGCGGAGAGGUCAACAUUCAGAUUGCCGAGCACAAGCUGGAGAAGGAUUCUGCAGGGAACUUUUCCGUGGCACCUCUGAACAAUGUGUGCUUCACCCUGGAUGCAGUCAAACCCAAGAAAAAGAAAGCGAAGGCUCCAUAUCGACGCCAGCUCAUCAGAGCCAUCAACUCAGUUGGUGCCAGUGAGGCCAUGCGCUGUGACCGGAGGGAGCAUCUGUCUCAAGCCAGAUGA